CUACUUCUGAGAAAUCAAAACAAAAUUCUGGACAAAAUCUGAACAAGUUUUGGCUACAGAUGUAGACACUGACAGACCUAUAGUACUACGAUACAUAACACAGCAGUGAGCACAGGGAUCAUAUUUUGUUAAUUAUAUUGUGCUUUAGAAUAAUGGAUGAACCGAUGGAGUACGAGAUGUCAAAACCUUCAGAGUACUACUUUGCUGAAGCAAUGUCCACUGACAGGUUAAAAUGGCUGGUUUACAAUCCAAAUAAAACAAAUGUUCCUUUUGAUCAGUGGCUGAGUAGAGUAAAACCUUCUCAAAUCUUUAAAUCUGAAGGAUAUGGAUGGAUAUGUGUCAGAUCCCCAAAUGAUAACCAUGAAUCUCCAGAUAAAGUACAACUCCAGGAAUCAUGGGAAAUGUUAUGUGGAUCAGGUAGACCAAUUAACCAACAGUCAAUAACAGAACUUGCUCUAUCCCACAAUGCAACAGUUGGAAAAUGGCUAUUUUACACCCAAACUGGGCUGAAGGUUGAUCAUUUGUGGAGUCUUGUUGCAAGAGCUACUUAUGAAGGUAGUCUAGGAAGUAGUGCCAAAGUGAGCGCUUUUGAUGAUGUUAAUCCAGAAGGAGAUCCCAAUCAUGUUGUUUGUAUAUACAAUCAGAACUUCACUGAGGAAGAAGAAGUAUAUGAUUUGGAGAAUAAGAUUCGAAACACUGGAUUGAAGUGCCAGAUGAAUUAUAAACCUGAUAUAUACACAUAUAUAGGAAUAUAUCGAAACAACGAGUGGAGCUUGAGGCCUAGUAUAUACAAAAGUGUAUAUGAAUUAAACAAGGGCUCCAUAGUGACUAAGAUGUGAUCACACACUGCACUGUCUUAGGUUUGAACAUGUAUUAUGCACUGCUUUACUCCCGGUUAAUUUUGAGAAUUCACGAAUAUGCAGAUCUCACAAGUUUAAAUUUCAUAAUUGUCUAAAUCCUCAAGCUCUGUAAAUUAAGUUACCUUAUGUGUCAUGAUUUCACAGCACUUUGACCUCUAUUACAUCCCAUUUUGUAUCUAAGAAGCCAAUGUAAGAGACAUUGUUGUUAGUAUCCCAUUUUUUGCCCAAUAACACAGGACAAACAUUCUAAACAAAACAAAAUGCAUCUAGUCCCAUUGCACAAAUCCCGGCCCGGGAUUUUAUUGGCAAAUUUUGCAAUGAUUAAACCGUGAAACUAAAUUCACAUGCAAAAAAUACCAGGAGUGUAACAAGUAGAUGGACUAAAAUUAUCUUCUCAUGGAUAAAAACAUCACAUCCCUCAAAAAGCUGAGGAUAUCUCAUACAUUUAUACUGAGCCAAACUUUUGCAUAUUAGUGAAUUUUUAUAUGAUCUUGAUUCAUAGAUGACGGUGGAUGAAAAUCACUUUCAAGGAUUUUUAAAGGUCUGCAGAAUGGAAAUGAAAUUUUAGGGGC